UUAAGGUACACAGAGGCAGGGUUGUUCUUCAGUUUUACUGUCGAAGAUUUUCAAGCUGUCUGCAUGGCGAAUCCGGAUUUUCACUUGCAAUUUCAAGAUUUUGAAAGUGACGAGGGCCUCUUGGGAUCCAGUAGGGAGGUCACUGAAGUCAGCAUAGAUGACCCUGUCGGUAAAUCCCAAAAACAGCGCAGGGUUCCCGGAGGCGCUGCUCAGGACGAGGACACUGACUCUCUGGGAAAUGAUGAUACAACUCAGCUGCUGUCAGGCCAAAAGAAAAGUGCGCCUUUCUGGACGUUUGCUUAUUAUCAGACAUUUUUUGAUAUCGAUACUUAUCAGGUAAAAGACAGAAUACUUGGCUCAAUGCUUCCAUGGCCUGGAAAAAACUUUGUUCGACUCUAUAUAAGAAGCAACCCAGAUCUAUAUGGACCCUUCUGGAUAUGUGCCACUCUUGUCUUUGCCAUUGCCAUCAGUGGAAACAUGUCCAGCUUCUUAUCGCACCAGGGUAGUCCAAAUCAUACAUAUGUGCCUGACUUUGGUAAAGUGACCAUUGCAGCCACUACAAUCUACAGCUAUGCUUGGCUAGUGCCAUUAGCACUCUGGGGGUUCUUGACGUGGCGGAACAACAAGGUCAUGAAUGCUGUGUCUUACUCCUUCCUUGAGAUAGUCUGUGUCUAUGGUUACUCACUCUUCAUUUAUAUCCCUGCAGUGGUUCUGUGGAUCAUACCAAGUGAAGGAUUACGGUGGUGCUCCAUUAUGGUUGCUCUUUGUCUCUCCGGUUCAGUGCUCGUGAUGACAUUUUGGCCUGCUAUCAGAGACGACCAGCCUAGGAUUGCCAUAGCAAUGAUUCUGUCUCUUAUGGCCCUCCAUACUCUGCUUGCAGUUGGUUGUAAGGUAUAUUUUUUCAGUUCUGGAUCCUCUAUCAACCAUGUCGUUACACAAACAGAAGUAAUAGAGACAGCAGACCCUACAAGGGCACACUGAGAUGAAAUAAUGUGUCAGGUUCUCCCGUUACCUUAUUAGUGAGACUCAGGUUGCUCUGAAAAUGAGAUCAUGGAUUGUCUGGAUUUCAGAACCUCAAAGACUCUGUGUCUUGUGGACACUCAGCCUAAGUUUGAACACUGGUAAGGCUGUGUUUGCAUGUGAACACACACAGAACUGUUUGCCAAGUCUAAAACAAUGGGAUGCUAAACUGCUUUAAAGAGACAUAGUCUACUGUUACUGAGUUGACCAUUUUAAGUAGGGGAUAUGUAACUCUGUAUAUAGCUAGGUUUCAAAUAUUUAUGCGAUAAAUGAACUCGAGAAGUCUCCCAAACAGUGUAACUCUGUCUUUCUCUGUCUUUA